UUACGGAAUUUAAAUACAUAGAUUUGUUUUAUGCAUGAUCAGAAUAUGGAUGAAAAAAUCAUUGUUUUCCUCUAAAUAAAUAAGAAUAGUAUAUACAAUUCCUACUUCAAAUUGGUAUUGGAAUUAAACUCCUAUAAAAAAUCCAUAAACAAAGAAAAGAAAUACACAAUAUAGAUAAAUCUCAAUAGUCUUAUGGUAUUUUGGACUGUAACAAGAAAAUAUCAAACACACAUACAUACGUACGCCUUAAUAACAUCGUAAUCUUCUCUUGAUCGGAAGCUUCUUUGAUCAAAUCUCUUCGAGGACUCUUACACUCAUGACUUCCCCUCCUUCUCUCUUCGCUGUUUCCCCAGCCGCCGCAGCAGCAAAUUUGUCUGAUGACCCUGACCUAACCAUCGUUGGUUUCUUGAAGUCACCAGAUUCGUUACCACUCUAUCUCUUAAUCGCAAUGAUCGUUUACAUCAUCCAACUCCGCUACUGCAACUGCAGGUUUAAGAAGAAAACAAAACCCUUGAAGAAGGAGAUUUUGAAGUCUCUCCCGAAAUUGACAUUCUCACCGGAAUGUGGUGUGAGGUUAUGCAGUAGUAGAUGUGUGAUAUGUCUUGAGGAUUACGUGGUUGGUGACAUUGUGAGAGUGUUGCCACAUUGUGGACAUGAGUUCCACGCUUUUUGCAUCGACAAGUGGUUUCAGUGGGUCACUUGUCCUUGCCGUAGCAUCCCGGUUAUUUAUCACCCACUUUUAAAUGUAUUGAUCCAUGAAUAA